ACGGAAGUGCGGGCGGAGGAUCCGAGCCGGAUCCCGAGCUGGGAGCAGCUCUCUGGGCUCGCGGGCCCGGCUGGACUCCCGCGAUGGCGUCCCUGUGCGGAGGCCUCCCCCGGCUGGGCUCCGUGCUCAGCUUGUCCUGCCUGGCGCUCUCCGCGCUGGUGCAGCUGACGGAUGCCGCCAAGAAUUUUGAGGAUGUCCGGUGUAAAUGUAUCUGUCCUCCUUAUAAGGAGAAUCCUGGGCAUAUUUAUAAUAAGAACAUAUCUCAAAAAGAUUGCGAUUGUCUUCAUGUUGUGGAUCCCAUGCCAGUGCUUGGACCUGACGUAGAAGCAUACUGUCUCCGCUGUGAAUGCAAAUAUGAGGAAAGGAGCUCUGUCACAAUCAAGGUUACCAUUAUAAUUUACCUCUCUAUUUUGGGUCUCCUGCUUCUGUACAUGGUGUAUCUUACCUUGGUUGAGCCCAUACUGAAGAGGCGCCUCUUUGGACACUCACAGUUGAUACAGAGUGAUGACGAUGUAGGGGAUCACCAGCCCUUCGCAAACGCCCAUGAUGUCCUGGCCCGCUCCCGCAGUCGACCCAAUGUUCUGAACAAGGUAGAAUAUGCCCAGCAGCGCUGGAAGCUUCAAGUUCAAGAGCAGCGAAAAUCUGUCUUUGACCGACAUGUUGUCCUCAGCUAAUGGGAAUCCAAUUUAAGAUGACUAGAAAGAAACGAGGCAGACGACUGGAAAGAACUGACUGAGUUUUCUGGGCUUUGUUUUAGUACCCUGUUGAUUUUACCAACUCUUACUGGAAGACUCAAAAUUGGAAGCAAAAAACAUGCUUAGUAUUUUUUCUUGUUAAUGUAUUGGUAGAGACAUUUUUAAAAGCACACAGGUCAGCCGGUAAGCCUUCUCCUACUUGUGACUUUUACUAAUAAAAUUAAACCUGCCUGUAAAUUAUCUUGAAGUACUUUACCUGGAACAAGCACUCCCUUUUUCACCACACAGUUUUAACCUGAUUUUCAAGAUAAUUUUCAGGUGGUUUGUUUGUAGGAGAAGGGAAGGAUACAGGGGAAGAGCUUGACACAACUUUUCUCAUGUCACUUUACUAAACCAACUUUUGUAAAUAGACCUUACCUGCUAUUUUCCAAUUUCAUUAGUAUUUUCCAUGUAGUCAGCCUCAUCAAAGUGCUGACUUUACCAGAUGACUUCUGCACUGACUGUAUUAUCUAGACAUCUGGUUGGCCUGUGGCUGGAUUUCAUGAUAAACUGGAUCGGAAAUGCCUGGUGGCUCUUCACCAAAUGCAGACUCACUUCCUGUACUGUGAUGUCCGAUACAGUGCACCCUAGAACAGACUGGCUAUUUGCUGGUUCACUGUAAGGACUAGACAUAGUCUUGGGGACUGUGGGCUCCCUCAUCUUCUAGUAUCUUUAAGGACAAAUCCUAAGGACUUGGACACUUGCAAUAAGGAAAUUUUCUUUUAAACCCAAGCCUCCCUGGAUUAAUGACAUACAUGUGUUGGUCAGCAUUUCCAGUCAUGCUGAGGCAGCUGUUUGAGCUUGAAUGUGUGCAGCUUUGAACUAGUACUGGGGUUCUGGAUGCCGCUAUCUGAAAAGUAUAACAGUUAUUGGGUAACUGGCACUUUUCUUCUAUGUCCUCUUUGGAAUGUAAUAAUAAAAAUAAUUUUUGAAACACC